AUGUCAGAUUGUCAGAAUCUCUGCCCAGCAAAGACGGAACAGUGUGCUAAAGGCUGUGAAGCCAGUUGUGUGCAGCUUUGUGGACCAGGACCAACACCAGUGACGCAAUUGGCUCCUUCUUACAACUGCAAUCUCCCUUGUGAUGUGCAAUGUACGCAGCAAUGUCUUAACAAAGGGGAUGGUUGCGCAUCAAAAUGUUCGCGCGGAUGUGAAGCUGCUUGUCCCGUGGUAAGCUGCGAAGAUGCAUGUGAGACCGUAUGCAAGGGCCAAUGUGCAUUUUCCGGGCAACAGUCGCGACAAUGUGCUCCAGCCUGUGCCCAAUCCUGUGCCAAACUGUGUGCUAAAAAACGAGUGAAACGAGCCUGA